CACAAAUGAAGGAGUAGGUAUGUGACUGACUGACUGGAAGCUCCAGCUUGUCAUUCCACCUCACUUUCUUGGUCGACUCAAAAUGCCGAGACCAUCGUCGGGUUGAGUUCCGAGGCUCCUAGGGUAGUGGAGAAGACCCCCGGCUUGGCAGCGCUUGCCCCGUCCCGGCUAGACCAACAGUCCCGCGGCUGAUCAACCGAUAACCGCAGUCAAGGACCUUUUAAAAUUUAGCUCACACCUCGCGCGCAUCCUCCAUUCCUCCAAGACACUCCCCGCCCUCAUCCACCUUCCUAUCCCCCAGUCGAUAAACUUAUAUAUCCCUUACAUUAUUUCUCUGAAGCCACACUACUCACUAUCCUUAAUUGUGGAUUCGUUCGUUAUCUCCCGUUCAUUUUCACCAACACACACGUUCAUUCCAACGCCUGCAGGAUUACGUCAAGGCUGCUUGCCUUAACGACCUCCUCCUACGAUGAAGUUCCCCAGCUUCCUAAGUUUGGGUAUCGCGGCCUCAACAACAGCUUUAGCAGCACUCCCCGAUCAAAAACCCAUAGGCGACACUAUUGCAGAUGUUCACCUUGGGAAGUUUUUGAUUGAGCUUGCUCCUGGCGAUACUCGAUGGGUGACGGAAGAGGAGAAAUGGGGACUGAAACGGGAUGGCCGAAAAUUUUUCGACAUCACCGCGGAGGUUGAACAGAAUUUAUUCCCGAGAGCCUUCGCAAAAACCGCCGUUACAUUCCCCACGGGUCUUCACCGAACGGUCGAGGUCAUGCCUCUAGCCGCCCAAUUGUCCAAGGAUAAUAUGUUCAGUCAUUUAACCACGUUCACCUCUUUCCAUACAAGAUACUAUAAAUCUGAGACUGGUAUCCAGUCCGCGACCUGGUUGAUGAAGCAAAUCCAGAAGACCAUCAGCAGCUCCCCAGCAUCUAACGCGAGAGUUGAGAAAUUUGAACAUCCCUGGGGCCAGUUCAGUGUCAUCGCGACUGUCCCUGGCCAGAGUAACAAAACUGUUGUAAUCGGUGCACAUCAGGACAGCAUUAACAUGUUCCUGCCAUCGAUUCUAGCCGCACCUGGUGCCGACGAUGAUGGCAGUGGGACAGUGACUAUUCUUGAGGCAUUCCGUGUCCUACUUCAAUCGGAAGCCAUUGCACAGGGCAAUGCAACAAACACAGUUGAAUUCCACUGGUACUCUGCAGAAGAAGGUGGCUUGUUGGGAUCUCAAGCUGUCUUCUCAAAAUAUAAGCAGGAUAACAAAGAUAUCAGGGCCAUGCUUCAGCAGGACAUGACUGGGUAUUCAAAGGGGACACUGGACGCUGGAGAGCUGGAGUCUGUUGGUGUUAUUACCGACUUUGUUGAUGAAGGGCUGACUGAAUUUAUUAAGAAGGUUGUCAACGGGUACUGCGACAUCCCCUUCGUCCUUACAGAGUGCGGCUACGCCUGUUCCGACCACGCAUCCGCCAGCCGAUUCGGCUACCCUUCCGCCUUUGUGAUCGAAUCUAAAUUCGAGCACUCCAGCCAGCACAUCCACACAGGACAGGAUACAAUCGAGACUCUCGACUUCAACCAUAUGCUACAACAUGCGAAGAUGACACUUGGAUUAGCCUAUGAGCUCGCGUUUGCAGACAUUUAAGAGUAAAUAGAAACGCUUAGAAAGCAGAAGCGGCGCUGCAAGAGAAUUGGAUACUGGGAUACACGACUAACUCCCUAUACGAGAUACAUAGAGAUUUGUGAACAUUCAUUAUUAUCAUUACUACCGCCACACGCGUUAAACUUUACGCGACUCACUGUUUUUCGAUACAUUUUCCGUAAUUCUUUCUUUCUUUCUUUUUUUUUUUCUUUUUUUUAUAUACCAGAAUGGGACCCCUGGGCGGGAAACUUACAGCAUACAUAAUGCCUCAGGAAGGCGGGUUACCUCCAGCCUCAUAUCUCUCAACUCUUUACCUCCCUAAAGCCCUCACUCUUCCCCUAACUCAAACUCUCCUCCUGCUUUUACCGCACCUACGCAUACAUACAUCCCUAAAACGCAAACGCCAGAUACGACAUGCCCCUUCAUGUAGUUCCUACACGCCGCACCGGACCAUAACAAACAAACUGAACCGAAAUGACAUCCUAAUCAUCUGCUCAACCCUAUGCAUAUUCGUUUUCUUUGGGCCUUUUUUUCUCUCUCUUGGUGUUCCUUCUUGUUGUCUUGCAUACCCUGGCCCUCAGUUUUCGACUACAUCUUCCUUCUACUACUCUUCUUUUUCUUCUUCCUUGAGGGAUAGAUUGAUAGACGAUGAAUAGAAUGAGUUAAAAUAACCUUUUUUUCUUUUCUUUUCUCAAGAAUUUUCCCGCUCCGGCCCUUGUAUGGGAAGGGGAGGGGACGGGACAGGGGUGAGAUGGGUAUAUUCAUAUUACCACAGAGGAUAACUAUCUAGACUCUGUCCCUUGUAACUCCGUAUGGAGGAAUGUAGAUCUAUCUGAGUUCCAUUACCCCUUUUAUAUUUUUUGGCCCCUUUUCCCCCGCAGUGCAGUGUGUUGGAUGGGCAUGAUGAUCACUGCUGGAACAAAGGGAGAUCCUCUAGUUAACUUAUUCAAAGGAACCAAUGAUGGCAAGGAAGGGAGCUGAUGUUCUCAUAGGAACUAAGAUAACUUUGAUACGGACGAUCAGAUUUGCAUGUAUGAGUUCUUGGAAUAAGCUGGACAGGCAUGAACCUGGAAUCUGUUUGUUGAUCUCUUUUCUACGCUCUAUCAUUGCCGUCUGCCCUGGAGGACUGAUAAUUGAGAUAUCGUAAUCCCCCCCCCUCCCGGCUUUAACUAACCCAACUCUCACCAAGCGCCUGUUUCCCCGUUCCCUGCUCCCAGCCCUGUCCACGAGACCCCUCCCUCCCAACGGCUUAGCUGAGACAUACAUACAUACAUACGGAAGUACAUACAACAUACUUGUUCCUCCUUGCACCAGAAAGGAAGAAGAAAGCUCCAAAAAUAAAAUAAAAUAAAAUAAAAUAAAAAU